AUGAACGCAGGGUGCGUGUUUGGUUUACCUGAUUUGGUACUCGGCCCUGAUGAACUUGACACGGUCCUAGGGACGUUCCCGAAUGCACGCCUCGACCUGGACUUCAUUCUCACGAAGCCAAAACUGUGUCAUGCGGCGCCUUCGUGUUUCUUUCAAAGUAAACCCAACUGUGAUAAGAGUCCCUCGCUGGACGAAGACGUGGGCGGAGUCCGCUCCUACGAGAAUCUUCAACUGGGCCACGUGAAGACGCUGACGGGGGAAGGCUUCACCCAGGAAGCCUCGGUGAAGGCGUUGCUCAUCUCCCGGAACGACCUGGAACUGGCCCGUGAUAUCCUCCAGGGUUUCAGCUCCCAUCCGUGAUCUUCCAGGAGGCUUGGAGGUGCUCGCACUCUUUUUUUUUGCUCUUGUUCUGUCGGUUGUGAUGGAUGUAAUCAAGCAUUGUUAUUCGUGGAGA